UCAAACCUGGAUAGCAACGUAGUGCAUGAGCAUGUGGCCUGGCUCCGAGCGAGGCAGCUCGCGGGCCCUGGAGAUCAUCCCCACGAGUCAGCAGAAUGCAGGCGGUAGUAGUCAGCAGGAGACUCUGGCCGAUAUCGAGCAUAUAUCCACCAUAGCUGGAUCGCUGGCCUCCAUUGGGUCCAUAUCGCACACGCAAAUGAGAUAUCAAUGUACAAACGAUGCCGGCUACGAUACGGAACAUACCUCCCUAAACUCGGACUUCGACGAGGCUGAACUGCGCAGGGAACUGCUGAGAGAUAAAUGGAAACUCCUCUUUGACAUGUUCGAUCCUGAAGGUUUUGGUGAAAUAUGCGUCACGGAAUUCUUAUUGGCCCUCACAUCGCCGGAGUUCCUCUCCCAAGUGCCUAUGAACAAGCGAGAGCUGCUGCUAGAGCGUGCCAAGAAGGCCCAAACGCCCACUGGUCCCGGCUAUGUGACGUUCCAGGACUUUGUGAAUGUGAUGAGCGGCAAGCGCACGCGCAGCUUCAAAUGCGCAGUCCAUCAUCGGGAUCGCGAGGUCUGCUCUGAGAACGACUUUCAGCUGGUGCUGAACGAGCCGCCGCUCUUCAGAAAGAUGGUCCAUGCCGUCGCGAUGGAAAUACUCCCCGAGGAGAGGGAUCGCAAGUACUACGCGGACCGGUACACCUGCUGUCCGCCGCCCUUCUUCAUUAUCCUCGUGACCGUCGUUGAGCUGGGCUUCUUUGUGUAUCACACGAUGGUCACGGGAGAGGCCGCGCCGCGAGGACCCAUACCCACCGACUCGAUGUUCAUCUACCGACCGGACAAGCGGCACGAGAUCUGGCGCUUCCUCUGCUACAUGGUGCUGCACGCCGGAUGGCUGCACUUGGGCUUCAACGUGGCCGUGCAGCUGCUGUUCGGCCUGCCGCUGGAGAUGGUCCACGGCUCGACGAGGAUCGCCUGCAUCUACUUCUCGGGCGUGCUGGCCGGCUCGCUGGGCACCAGCAUCUUCGACCCGGAGGUGUUCCUGGUGGGCGCCAGUGGCGGUGUCUACGCUCUGCUGGCCGCCCACCUGGCGAAUGUCCUGCUCAACUAUCACCAGAUGCGCUACGGCGUCGUACGGCUGCUGCAUAUAUUAGUUUUUGUUUCAUUUGAUUUUGGUUUCGCCAUCUACGCGCGCUAUGCUGGCGAGGAUGUGCUGCUGUCGAGUAGCGCCGCCGACGAUGUUCAGCAGCACCAUGCCGCCACGGAGGCCGCUGUCUCGUUUGUGGCCCAUCUGGCGGGCGCCGUGGCGGGCCUCACCAUCGGACUGCUGGUGCUGAAGAGCUUCGAGCAGAAGCUGCACGAGAACCUCCUCUGGUGGAUCGCCCUCGGCACCUACUCGGCCCUGGUGGUCUUCGCCAUUGCCUUCAACAUCCUGCACGGCUUCACGUUGUUCAAUAUGCGCAUGGAGAAGGUUCGCGUCACGGAGACGUACUUCAACGACUUUCAGGUGUGAAAGGAGGAGAGACAUCUUGGACACCCUGCUGUAUCCUGCAGUAUCCUGCUUUGUUUUUUUUGUAUUCGGUUACAUUUUCGGAUCGUUUCUGUUCAUUUUCGUUCCGUUCCGUUGGAGUUUUUAUUGUUUUUUCGGAAGGCGAUUAAGUUUGCAGUUUUCUAGUUUCUAGUUUCUAGUUUUCCAAUUUCAUUGUUUUGUAAUGUGCGUAUCUGUACAAUCAGGCAGGUAUAUCGAGCACUAUAUCUAUAUCUACAUAUAUCUAGGGGACAAAUCGUGUGUCGUUUAAUCCAUUACAUAUUUUGUUCUAUUUUCGGUAGUUAAGUACAAAGAACCGAUGCGAAAAGUAUUAUCAGAGAUCAUUGAAUUAGAGAUAUUUACAACAAAUCGAACUGAUUAGGUGUAACAUAAUGCUCAAGGAAUUCGAUAUAUAUACACACAUAUAUAUAAAUGCAAGACUUUCUAGGGAUAAACAAUUUAAGCUGAAAGAAAAAAAAAUACAAAAAAUAAAUAUAUAUAUUGCUUUAUGCGCUAUAUGGAAACCGAUAA